AUGUUCUUGAAUUGCUGUCCUAAUGUUUAUUCUUUGCUCUUAAAAACAUAAAUCUAAUUUAUUGACCCUGAUAUAUUAUUGUAGAUAGACUUAAAAGACUCAUAUUAAGUAAUAUUAAAAAAAGAAUAAUUACACAUAUAUAAAUAAGGAGAACGAAUUUCUUCAUUGUAGUUAUAUUUUCCUAAUUUAAUAAAAUGGAAAUUUGAAAAAGGAUUAGUUGGAUUUACAAUAGAUAAUGAAACUUAUAUGACUGAUUAAGCUUAUAAAUUAAAAGAACAUCUAAAUGGAAGAUUAUUUUUUUCUAAAAUUCAAGAUUUCUAUACUCCACUUUAAAUAUUAGGAAAAGGUAGUAGUGCAAAAGUGUUACUUGUAAAAUCAAAAAUAGGAGAUUAAUAUUAUGCUGCAAAAUGUGUUCCAAGGACUGAAUCAAUAAUUUAAGAGAUUGAAAUUAAUAAUCUUUUAGAUCAUAAAGCUUUUGUAAAAAUAAAAGAAGUCUUUUUAGGUGAUACAAGUUAUUAUAUUAUAAUGGAUUUAUUAUCUGGAAAGAAUUUAACAUAAUUACUUAAAAAUUAACAUACUGGUUUAACAGUUGAAUAGUGUAAAUUGAUAAUGCAUGUAAAUAAAUAGUUAAAUAGGCAUUAUUAAGUGGAAUUGAUUACAUGCAUUAAAAAAAUGUUAUGCAUAGAGAUAUUAAACCUGACAAUGUGAUUUUGGAAAAGAUUGACAAUCUUACAACAUUAAAAAUCGUAGAUUUUGGUUUAGCUACUUAUUCAAAUAUAAAAAAGUAAUUAAAAUAUAAGUAAUAUCUAGAUUUAAAUAUCCUAAAUGUGGUACACCAGGAUAUGUAGCACCAGAGAUUGCAAAUUUAACUGAUAAAAAUUAAAAUUAUGAUAAGAAAUGUGAUAUUUUUAGUGCAGGAGCAGUUUUCUAUAAAUUAUUAACUGGUAGAGAUGUAUUUCCAGGAACUGGAUUUGCAUAUGUAUUAGCAUAAAAUAAAAAAUGUCAGAUUGACUUUACUCUUUUAUAAUUAAGGAAAUUGCCUUCAGAUUCUAUCGUAAAUAAUAUUAUUAUUAAAGACACUCUUAAAAUAAAUGUUAUAAAAAGAUCCAAUGUUAAGACCAACUGCUUAAGAAUGUUUAAAAAAUCCAUUUUUUACUUCAAUUCAUUAGAAUGAUCUUGAAUCUAGUAAAACAACAAAUAUUACUUAAAAUGUAAAUACUGUACCUACAGCAAAUGGACCAUCUAAUGCACAUAAAAAAUAAUUUUUUGCAUAAUAAAAAUAAAUGAUGUAGACUGUAGAUUUUGCAACUGAAGAAAAAACUGAAUAUAAAGGAUCAUUUGUUACUAACGAUAUGGUUUAAUAUCCUUAAAUGCCCAAAAUGGUUAUGAAAUUUAAUACAACUGAAUUUGAAACAAUAUGA